UGGAAUUACUUCUCGGCUGAACGAUGUUGUUCGCAUGAUUGAUAUUGAAAAUUCAGGUUCUAAGGAUGUUGUUCGCAUGAUUGGUAUUUUGGGGGAUGGGCGGCAUUGGGAAAACAACGCUUGCCAAAGCCAUUUAUAACAAAUUUGAAGGUAGCUUUGAAGGUAGGAGUCUCCUUGCAAACGUGAGGGAAGUAGCAAACCAACCCAUUACUGGUCUGGUUGGUUUGCAAAAACAACUUCUAAAUGAUAUCUUGAAAAGCAAGGGCCACAUAAAGUUUGACUCUGUUGCUAAAGGGAUCGAGAUGAUAAGAGAAAGACUUCCCUAUAAAAGAGCACUCGUCAUAAUUGACGAUGCAGAUGAUCUACACCAACUAAAAGCAAUAGCUAGAAAACGUGAUUGGCUUGGUCCUGGAAGUAGAAUUAUUAUAACAACAAGAGAUAAACAUUUGCUGGAGCAAAUUGGAGUGGAUGGCACAUAUAUGGCUGAAGAAAUGGAUGAAAACGAAGCUCUAGAGCUCUUUGGUUGGCAUGCCUUUGAAAGUGGUUAUCCUAAUCAAGAAUAUCUUGACCUCUCAAAACGUGUAAUUCGUUACUGUCAAGGCUUGCCUCUAGCACUUGAAGUUGUAGGGUCUUUUCUGAUUAAAAGACCCACAGCGGAGUGGGAAAGCCAUUUGGAGAAAUUGGAAAGAUGUCCUGAUGGAGAUAUUCAAAAAAUACUCAGAAUAAGCUUUGACGGGCUACCUAAUCAGGAAAAGAGAGAGAUUUUCCUUGAUAUAUCUUGUUUCUUUAUAGGAAUGGACAAGGACUAUGUAACACAAAUAUUAGAUGGAUGUGGCUUUUUUGCAACGAUAGGAAUCAGGGUCCUCAUUGAACGAUGCCUUGUAACUGUUAGUGAGCAAAACCAGCUGAUGAUGCAUGAUUUGGUUCGAGACAUGGGAAGAGAGAUCGUUUAUGAAAAUGCCCACGGUCACCCAGAAAAACUUAGUAGAUUGUGGAAACGUGAAGACGUAACAAAUGUAUUGUGCGAUGAAUCUGUAAGUACUUUCCCAGUAAUAAAGUUUUAGAAUGCAUCAUGCGAACCAAAGUAAAAGAGGGUUCUCACAAAUCCACGCUACCAAGGUGCCAUAUGAAUUUGA